AGUGUUUUGCAUUGGAUCCUGUAUCUUCAGCUAAAGAGAAUAUAGGCUAUAUUGUACUUGAUUUAAGGGCUGUGCAGGAAAAGAAACAGCAUCUGCCUUUCUUUCUGGACUAGACCCUAAAAGUAUUCUACCAGUCUUGAAUGAAGAAGAGGGCUAUCAUCAAAUCGGACCAGCAGAGUAUUGCAGAGACUACUUUGUCUUGUCUGUAACCAUUGCGUUUGCGACACAGUUGGAACAGUUAGUUCCUAGCACUAUGAAGCUUCCUGAACGACAGCCUGAGUUUUUUUUCUACUACUCAUUACUGGGAAAUGAUGUCACAAAUGAACCUUUCACUGAUUUGAUUAAUCCGAACUUUGAGCCAGAAAGAGCUUCAGUUCGAAUACGUAGUACAGCUGAUGUCCUUCAAGUUUAUCUUUGUGCACAGUCAAAAUUGCAGAUACAUCUUUGCUGUGGGGACCAGUCUCUUGGAAGCACUGAAAUACCCCUGUCUGGACUACUGAAGAAAGGAAAUCUGGAGAUUGGUCAACACCCUGUGGCAAUAGAAGGAGCAUUUGUCCUUGUUCCACCAAAUAGAGCGAAACAGAAACUGCCACAGUUGCCUUUGGAUAUGUCUCCUACUGUCGGGGUCUCUGUAAUUCUGCAAAGGGAGAGCUUGAGUGCCCAGCCUUUGAUUCCCUUAAAUGCUCCAACUGAACCUAAAGAGCCACAGGAGAAAGUUCUUUCACCUACUAGCGGAAAAAAAGAGGGCUUGCAGCAGAGAUCCCAGAAUGCCCCAUCUCAAGCUGACCACUCUUCUUCAACAGAAGAUGAAGCAACAGAAAGUGAAAUGGAAAGUCUUAAGUUUGAAAAAGGCACAAAACUAAAGAAAAAAGGGCUGGUGGCUGAGUCUUCCCAAGAGGUUAAUAAACAGUAUACUGAAGAGCUUCCAGCUUUCAAAUCUGAGAACAGAGCAAAGUCACCCCUAUUGUCAGAUCUGCAAAAUUCCACUGAUAAUGGUCUGGUAGCUGUAUCUCAGCCCAAACCUGUGGGUGCAUCCAGUUCUUCUGAGCCUGUGUCAGCACAGAAAAUUGUCAUUCCAGCAGCCUCUCAUCAUUUUUGCUUUUCAAUAGACUUACGAAGUAUACGUGGUCUGGAAGUUGGUUUUCCAGUAAAUUGCAUUUUAAGGUACUCGUAUCCAUUUUUUGGCAGUGCAGCACCUAUUAUGACAAGCCCACCUGUAGAAGUCAGAAAAAACAUGGAAGUCUUUCUUCCACAGUCCUACUGUGCAUUUGACUUUGCAACUAUACCUCAUCAGCUUCAAGAUACAUUCUUCAGAUUACCUCUGCUGGUUGAGUUGUGGCACAAGGAUAAAACAACUAAAGACUUGCUUCUAGGGGUGGCAAGACUUCAGCUUUCAAAUGUUUUGGCUUCAGAAAAAACCCGUUUCUUGGGUGGUAAAGGUGAACAAUGCUGGCGUCAGACUUGUAAUGAAACAGUCAGUGUCACAGCAGCACAAGGGUCAGGCAACAGAAUAGCAGAGCUUUCAUAUGCUAUUACUUUGGAAGACUAUGGGCUUGUGAAGAUGCAAGAAGUUCUAGUGUCAGAUUCUUCUCAGUGUGUAGGUGCUGGUCCACAGCAGCAUGUUCCUCACACUCAGCCUCGUUGUGCCCCAGAAAACCAUCCAGAACCUCGAGAAACUCUUGAAUACAAAGCAGCACUGGAGUUAGAAAUGUGGAAAGAAAUACAAGAGGACAUUUUUGAAAAUCAGCUUAAAAAGAAGGAAAUGGCCCAUAUGCAAGUACUUGCAGAAGAAUGGAAGAAAAGAGAUAGAGAGAGAGAAGCACUAGUGAAGAAAAAGGUAGCAGAAUAUACCGUUUUGGAGGAACAACUUCAGAAAACCCUGAGAGACCUAGAUAAGCGAGAACGACAGCUUUUUAGUGCUGAAUCAGAGCUUCAAAGAGUAAAGAAGGAGUUGGAAGCAGAGCAUGAACGAAAUCUGCAGGAGCUACAGGAUUCUGUGCGGCGAGCUAGAGAAGAAUGUGCACACCAGGUUGAGUUAGAAAGGUCAAAAAUCAAACAGCUGGAAGAAGACAAGCUUCGCUUACAGCAGCAGCUUUAUGAAGCAGAAAACAAGCAUAAAAUUUUGGAGAAGGAGUUCCAGCAAUACAAAGAACAGCAAAGUAGCAAACCAGAAAUACAGCUACAAUCGGAAAUAAAUCUUCUCACUUUAGAAAAGGUUGAACUUGAAAGAAAGUUGGAGUCAGCUACCAAGUCAAAGCUCCACUACAAACAACAAUGGACAAGGGCUUUGAAAGAACUUGCAAGGUUAAAACAGCGUGAACAAGAAAAUGCAAUGGCUCACCUUAAAAAGCAGCAACAAGAGUUGGAGCACAUGAGGUUGCGCUAUUUGGCAGCAGAAGAAAAAGAGCUGGGGAAAACAGACCGACAAGAGCUAGAGGAUAUCAGGAAUGAACUUAACAGGCUAAAGCAACAAGAAGAAGAAAGAAAGCAAUUGCAAGAUGUUAGAGAUAAUUCUGUUGGUAGAGUGGAUAGUCUUCACUCUAGAAAAUUAAAUGAGAAUAUGGAUGAUUAUCUCUCUCGUCUGAUAGAAGAGAGGGAUACCCUCUUGAGAACAGGAGUAUAUAAUCAUGAAGACCAUAUUGUAAGUGAACUUGAUCGUCAAAUCAGAGAAGCUAUUGCAAAAAGGAACAUCACUAAAUGAAAGCAUACAAAAAGUUGUUUAAAAGAGCCAGAAUUUGAACAAAGUGAUUUUUAUAAUGCUGUAUUACUUACUCUGCAAAAUAUGUAAAGUCAUGCUUAAUUUUGCACCCUAUUGUGGCUCUUUUUGAAGUCAGUGUAAAUAUUUGGAACGUGUGAAGUUAAGCAGAGUUGUAAGUUUUAUGGGGGUGAUGGCUGGUUUUUAAUGUUUUUAUACUUAUAUGUAUCUAUAUGUAAAUAUAUUUAUCUUGUGUACUUUCAU